AUGCGAGGGCAGGGCAGCGGCAGCGACUUCCGCGACGAGCAGCCCAGGCGCUUCCGCCGCCUCAGCUCCGCUGCCUCCUUCUUCCUCCCUCCUCGUGCACUGGGGGACGCAAGCUCCGCCCCGCCGCGGCCGCGCGCUUCCGGCCCCGCCGCGAAGCCCCGCCCCCUUCCCCGGGCUGCUCCGCCGCAGCAGCAGCGCUGGCUGGGAACUGGUCCGUCGGCGGCUCGUUCCCCCGCCGCCGCCGCCGCGUCCCGAUUCCCUCCCGCCUCCGCCAGCGGCGACCGGCUCCAGCGCCAUGAGACCGGGGUGAGUGCCGCCGUCCUCUUCCUCCCCAGCCCGGCCCUGCAGAAGCCGCCAGCCCCUGCCGCCCGGGCAACCGGGGCUGGGCGCUGAGCGCUGUCCCGAAGCCUCCGGGGAGCCUCCUGUUAGGAUCACCCUUGCCGCGUCAUCGGAUCCAGGGUCCUGCCAGACCUGGCGCCAGUCCCUCAGCCACUGGUGCGCCCACAUGGGUGGAGUUCGUGGAGGCCAAGGGAAACCCAUGCGCCCCUCCCCUGGGGACAGAGCAGCGUAGAAUCGCGGAAUGGUAGAGUCGGAGGGGACCCUGAGGAUCAUCUAGUCCAGCCCCUUAGAGCGGACGGCAGCACCCCGGUGGACAGCUGCCGCAGAAAUGGGUAGUGCUGGAGAAAUACGUUUCUUGUCGUUGUGAAUAGUAUUGCCCUUUUUUGCCUCCCUCUCCGCAUUUUUUUGAAGUGCUGCUACUGCGUGCCAGUACAGUGGUACCUCGGGUUAAGUACUUAAUUCGUUCUGGAGGUCUGUUCUUAACCUGAAGCACUAUUUCUGGGUUAGUGGAGUGUGUAACCUGAAGCGUAUGUAACCCGAGGUACCACUGUAGCUUCGUGCAACUGCUGUGGAGGAUGCAGGGCACACCUGCAUUCUGGGCAGUGCCAGGCCUUCUGGCUUAUGCCUACUGGAGCCCUCUUAGCUUUCGAGGUGACGUGGGAACGGGGAGGUGCUGCUCCUGAGUCACUUGCUGUACUUCCUCGUCUGCUUACUGCAGGUGAGCCUCUCCACCUGA